AUGGACGUCUUGGUCCUAUUUUUCGGUCUCUUUUUUGUAUGGGGUUUGUUCGAAGUUCUUUCUUUCAUCAGAAAGAAGAGCAAAACGACUCUUUCAAACCUCCCUCCGGGUCCGCCGCCGCUUCCGGUCGUCGGUAACCUCCUAAGCCUUGGCUCUCAUCCUCACAAGUCCCUUGCCGGGCUCUCCUGCACUUACGGCCCCAUCAUCAAGCUUCAACUUGGUCAUGUAACCACAAUUGUUGUUUCAUCUCCAGCAAUCGCAAGAGAGAUCCUCCAAACCCACGACGCGAUCUUCUCCAACCGCACGAUCCCUGACUCCGUCACUGCCUUGAGGCAAGACGAGCUCGGCUUGCCUUGGCUCCCCGUCUCACCUCUCUGGAGGAACCUUAGAAAGAUAUGCAAUUUGCACAUCUUCUCUCACAAGAAGCUCGAGUCCAAUCAACACAUCCGCCACGAGAAAGUUCAAUAG